UUCAAAUACACACAACAAUACAACAAUUUUUGGCUGCAGCACAAAUCAAGCAAAUUUUUUGAAGAACUCCCACUAGAGAGAGAGAGAAAGACAUACAGACCUUGAGAAGGAGAGACGACGGGAGCGUAAAGAGAUGUGAGGUAUGGAACAAACAACGUCACAUAACUGCACCGAAACACUGCGGAAUAUGCGCCAACAGAUCGCUCUGGCCAAUGCACAGCAGAUGCUGGGCAAGAUAACUGUGAACUGCUUCAGAAAAUGCAUCGACAAUCCAGGCAAAUCGCUGGCCAGGGCCGAGGAGCGCUGCCUGCUGCAGUGCAUGGAUCGUUUUAUGGACUCCCUAAAGGUGGUGUCCCUGACCUACAGCAGGCGACUGGUGCGGGAGCGUAAAUAAAACCCAGAACGGGGUCAACCAAUAUAUCCUUUAUUAGCGCAAUAACAUAU